UGGUUUGGAAAAGGCAUCUACAUUCUACAUAUAGUGAGUGACCAAUACAAUUCUCAUCAAUCUUGGAGCUUCAUCAACUGAGUACUACUGUUCUACUAACCCAUCAUUGGAAUAAAGCUCUGAUCUUUAAUUCCAUGGCAGAUAGGUGGCUUUGCCAUGUGCCUGAAAGUGCCCAAGUUCACUUGGCCUCCAUUUUGUUCCAGGUGGGACAUGCUGGGAACCAUGUAUUGCUUAAAACUGCCCUUAACAUGGGUGUGAGCAAGCUAGUUUUCCCACUUUAUAGGAAUAUCAUUGCCUUCUCUGUCUUGAUGCCCUUUGCAUAUAUUUUAGAGAAGAAAGAUAGGCCACCCUUGAGCUUUUCCUUCCUGAUUCAAUUUUUUAUCCAUGGACUAGUUGGAAUUACAUUAAAUCAAGGAUUGUACCUCUUGGGAAUGGAGAAAACAUCACCAACUUUUGCUUGUGCAAUGGAUAAUGCUAUUCCUGCUAUAACAUUUAUCAUGGCAACCAUAUUCAGAUUAGAACAGGUUCACUUGAACAGAAAAGAUGGUAUAGCUAAGGUGCUUGGAACUAUGUCUUCAGUAGCUGGAGCUUCAGUUAUAACACUCUAUAGAGGACCAACUAUCUAUAAACCAACUUUACAGAUCCACCACUCUCAAUUAAUGUCCACACUUGAAGAUGAUCAAGAUAAGAACUGGGCAUUGGGUUGUGUCAUUCUCCUCUGCCGUUGCCUAUGUUGGUCCAGUUGGUUUGUGUUACAAGCCCCAUUAUUGAAGAAAUACCCGGCAAGGCUCUCAGUCACCUCAUAUACUUGCUUCUUCAGUAUACUGCAAUUUUUUGUAAUUGCAGUAUCAUUUGAACCAGAUUUCCAAGCUUGGCAAUUUAGCUCUAGUAGUGAACUCUUCAUUCUUUUCUACUCGGGUCUGGUAGCUUCAGGCAUGGCAUUUGCAAUACAGAUAUGGGUUACUGGCAAAAGUGGCCCUGUGUUUGUUUCCUUGUACAUGCCUUUACAGACCUUACUUGUGGCCAUAUUGGCCUCCAUUGUUUUAGGAGAAGAAUUUCACUUGGGAGGCAUUAUCGGCGCAGUGUUGGUUGCUACGGGUCUUUACUUAGUGGUUUGGGGAAAGAAUGAGGAAAGAAAGUUUGCCCAAGAGAGAAUGAAACUUCCUUCAAUGUCAAAUAAAGAUAAGGUGGACAAUUUUGAGAAAUCUACCCUUGUCCAACCAUUGAUUCAAGCCUGUAAUGAAUAGUAGUGUCAUGAAAAGAAAAGACGAAGCAAAAGGCAACCUAGUAGUUGGCUACUUGAUCUUCAUUUCGGUGGAUACACUUCAUACUUCAUUCAAGGCUUCAUCAAAGACUAAAUGAGGCUUCGGCUCCCCUUAACCAGCUGCUUGCAAUCAGAAAGAAUGAUUGGACAGGCCCGAUCCCUCGAAUCAGCAAGUGCAACAGCAUGAAGAAGAGCAUAGGCUUCUACAUUCUACUACAAGAGGAUUGCCAACUUGAGACUUGAUAGUGAAAGUCUUAAUCACCAUAAGUU